GUAAAGAUAAAGCUUCUGAUGUAAAACGAACUAGGGCCUCUCUUACAGGUGCUCAAAAACAAGAAGUUUGCCAAAAAAAGUUGCAAAAACCAGCACCUAAAAAUAAAGAACUUGCUAAAGAGUUUGGCGUUUCAGAAGGAAUGAUAUUUGUAGGUAAAAAACGAUCUAAAGAGCGUGCUACUAUUGCAAUAUGUUGUAAUGCUACAGGAACUGAAAAAGCAAAAGCAAUUUUUAUUGAAAAAAGUCAAAAUCCGCGUGCCUUAAAAAAUAUUCCAAAAUCAACACUACCAGUGCAAUAUUAUUGGAAUAAAACAGCAUAUAUGCAA